AUGUUAUUAUUUCCCACAUGCCCAGUUUAACAGUACAGAACAAAAAUAGCCCUGCAUGGUAACAUUUUUGUAUUUAUGAGCCUCCAUUUAUUGUACUACUGCAGUGAACCAACCUUGGAUGUGAAAAUUGCCUUUUGUCAGGGAUUCGAUAAACAAGUGGAUGUGUCAUAUAUUGCCAAACAUUACAACAUGAGCAAAAGCAAAGUUGACAACCAGUUCUACAGUGUGGAAGUGGGAGACUCAACCUUCACAGUUCUCAAGCGCUACCAGAAUCUAAAGCCUAUUGGCUCUGGGGCUCAGGGAAUAGUUUGUGCUGCGUAUGAUGCUGUUCUUGACAGAAAUGUGGCCAUUAAGAAGCUCAGCAGACCCUUUCAGAACCAAACGCAUGCCAAGAGAGCUUACCGGGAGCUGGUCCUCAUGAAGUGUGUGAACCAUAAAAACAUUAUUAGUUUAUUAAAUGUCUUCACACCCCAGAAAACGCUGGAGGAGUUCCAAGAUGUUUACUUAGUAAUGGAACUGAUGGAUGCCAACUUGUGUCAGGUGAUUCAGAUGGAGUUAGACCACGAGCGAAUGUCUUACCUGCUAUACCAAAUGUUGUGUGGCAUCAAGCACCUUCACUCUGCUGGAAUUAUUCACAGGGACUUGAAACCAAGUAACAUUGUAGUCAAGUCUGAUUGUACAUUGAAAAUCCUAGACUUUGGAUUGGCCAGGACAGCAGGCACAAGCUUCAUGAUGACUCCUUAUGUGGUGACACGUUAUUACAGGGCCCCCGAGGUUAUUCUGGGAAUGGGCUACAAGGAGAACGUUGACAUGUGGUCAGUAGGGUGCAUCAUGGGAGAAAUGAUAAAAGGUGCAGUGCUGUUUCCUGGCACUGAUCAUAUUGACCAGUGGAACAAGGUAAUUGAGCAACUAGGAACACCAUGUCCAGAAUUCAUGAAGAAAUUGCAACCCACAGUAAGAAACUAUGUGGAGAAUCGGCCCAAGUAUGCAGGACUCACCUUCCCCAAGCUCUUUCCAGAUUCCCUCUUCCCAGCGGACUCCGAGCACAAUAAACUCAAAGCCAGCCAAGCCAGGGACUUGUUGUCAAAGAUGCUAGUGAUUGACCCAGCAAAAAGGAUAUCAGUGGACGACGCCUUACAGCAUCCGUACAUCAAUGUGUGGUAUGAUCCUGCCGAAGUGGAGGCGCCCCCACCCCAGAUAUACGACAAACAGCUGGAUGAAAGAGAACACACCAUUGAAGAAUGGAAAGAACUUAUUUACAAGGAAGUCAUGAGUUCAGAAGAAAAGACUAAGAAUGGCGUUGUGAAAGGACAGCCUUCUCCUUCAGGUGCAGCAGUGAACAGCAGUGAGAGUCUCCCUCCAUCCUCGUCUGUCAACGAUAUCUCCUCCAUGUCCACUGACCAGACCCUGGCAUCUGACACUGACAGCAGCCUGGAAGCCUCGGCAGGACCCCUGGGUUGUUGCAGGUGA